GUCUCGGGAAGGAGAGAGAAAGAGAGCGAGAGCGAGCGAGCGAGAGAGAGAGACAGACCCCCCUAGCACAAGCGUUGCUCUCUGCGUCUGUCGUAUAAGAGGAGGAACUGAACUACAGGAGGAUGAUGAUGGAGCAAAUGCGGAAAAGGGGUCAAGGAAAAGGAAAAGAAAAUAAAUAGAUGAGAAGCUGAAAGAGAUAGAAGAAAAGGGAGACAGUGGCUGAGACGAAGAAGAAGGAGAAGAGAGGAGGUAGCAGUGGUAGUGGUGGUGGUAGUAGUAGUAGGAGGAGGAGGAGUAGUAGAAGCAGCGUCAUCGGCUGCCCUCAGCUAGCUGCGCACUGCACUGCUCUGCACUGCCGCACUCGUUGUUGGUGCGGGUGGUGUUUUAGUAUAUGUAAUGGGCGCGGACUCCCAUUCCUGUUUUCGCUCUCGUUCCUGAACAGUCUCUUCACGCCCAUCCGCCGCAGCAAGGUGUAUUCCAUUCAUUCCCUCCUCGCGUUGCGUUUGCCUACCGUCCCAUAGCGAAGUGCCAGCUACACAUUCGACCACCCGAGAGACAGGCCAGGCGCACAGGAGGAGAUGUGAGCGCCAAGAGCUGAGACUUGUUGCUCGCUGCUCCGAAGUGAAUCAGAUCGUGAUGGCGCGUGCAUCUUCCAUAUAACCUGCGGAGAAAGAAUCCAUAAUUUGGGCGUGCUUUUUGCCGAGUAGAGGAACGUAGCGCGGCUCCCUUCCCCACACGCUGAGCCUGGUGCCUGGUGCCUGGUGCCUCGCCAGCAUCAUCCUCCCGCACGGAGAUCUAUCAAUGCAGCAGCCGCAGCACCAGCGGCAGCCUCAGCCUCAGCUGCUGCCAAUGACAUUCCUCGGGUGCGCGGACCUCGUAUGUUCGAGCGUGUAGCGUGUAGUGUGUGUGAUGCUCGCAUGCUCGGAAUUCUGGAAGUCUGGAGCAAGCCGCGGAUUUCAACGUAGGUAGUUUUAGUCGUGCUUCGGGGCAGAAUCGGUCACAGGUGCAUGAUGGAGAGGCAAGGCUUGCCAAUGCUCAAUCACGUAUUGCAGCACACCCUCCGCGGGCUGUGCUGCGACACGCAGUGGGUGUACGCUGUCUUCUGGCGCAUUCUUCCGCGCAACUAUCCCCCUCCCAAGUGGGAGAAUGAAGGCGGAGUCAUGGACAGAUCUAAAGGCAACAAACGCAAUUGGAUUUUAGUGUGGGAGGAUGGCUUCUGCGACUUCUCGGCUUGCACGGCCGGGAGGGAAGCCAAGCCCGGAGCUCGAUACGGGGCCCACUCUUACCACACUGACGAUUCUGCUGAGCCCACAAUGCAUCCCGAGCUGUUCUUCAAAAUGUCGCACGAAGUCUACAAUUACGGCGAAGGGUUGAUGGGGAAGGUGGCUGCGGACAACAGUCACAAGUGGGUGUAUCGAGAGCCUUUGGAGCACGAGAUCAGCUUUCUGUCUCCAUGGCACGGCUCUCUCGAUCCGCAUCCACGCACUUGGGAAGCUCAAUUCAAAGCGGGCAUCCAGACUGUGGCUGUAAUUUCAGUUCGAGAAGGGCUGGUGCAACUCGGAUCCCUAAAAAAGGUCGUGGAGGAUCUCAACUUCGUCAUUCUGAUGCAGCGCAAGUUCAACUAUCUGCAAAGCAUUCCGGGAGUGUUCGUGCCGCAUCCGUCACCGCACCCGAGCAUCAAGCGCAACAAUUCGCUGGACGGCUCGCCGCCGAGCGAGGCCGGAUGCUGGGCAGGCAACACAAAUAAUGCCAAGGACCCGGCCUCGAUGAUCGGCUUGUUCACGAGGUCGAAUUCCGACCCCUUCCGGCUGACGGCGCACAGCAAGCAGCUCGGCAGCGGCGUGCUGGGCAUCAAGCGCCCGAACGAGGACGUGCCUCUGACUCUGGGCACGGGCCGAGAUUUCCCCUUCCUCUCCCCCGCCAUCAACUUCUCCGGCAGUCCGCGAUUCAACUGCGGCCAGCUCAAUCGGGCGCCCGAGUGCCCGUCCCCUCCCAAGGCUCUGAACACGGGGCUCAGCGGCAAUCACUCGCUGCUGCCUUCAAUGUCGAGCUUGCACAAUCUGCUGUCCAAAUUGCCGUCCGUCACAGCGUCGGAAAACGGCUCGCCCCUCUCCUCGUCGCCUUCGGUGCUCAGCAACCUGAGCCUGUCCAACCAAUUGCAGCAUUCGCAGUCCUUCUCUCGGCAGCCUCUGAGCCCGAGCUCGUCGUCCGACUCGCCGGGCCUCGUCGGCAGCUUGCACUCGCACGGCGGAAUGAUGGGAGACCAGGAUCCGUCUCCUAGGUCGUCGCCGCCGCACCAAUCUUGCGCCAAUGGCAGCAACGGGAUGGCGGAUUCGGCAGCGGGAGGUGGUGGUGGAGCAGGAGGAGGAGCGGGCUCGAGGCAUGAUAAUGGCAGGAGUGUGAGCGAAACGAGUAGCUCGCAAAGACAACCGCACCAACAACAAUCAUCUUGGCACAACUCUGAGUACGCAGAGCAGCAGCAUCAUCAGCAUCAGCAUCAUCAUCAUGCUCAGCAGCAGCAGCAGCAGCAGCAGCAGGCAAGUGGCAUGUCGGACCAGCACCACCACCCGCACCACCGCCCUGGCGGCAACAAGGAAAGAUUGUCGUCGUUUCUGGACACUUUCGAUCCAGACGCUCUUUCGGAUUUGGGUCUGCACGACGAGCUGCUUGAGAACAGCGAGACUUACAACUCGUUCCUGAGCGAGAUUAUUAGUUAGCCACCACGCCGUAGCCGUAGCGGCACCUUUUUUCUUCUUACAGUUUCUUCUUGGUUGUAUUCAUCAACUCAUCAUGAUAUAGAUUCCGCGCAGACAUAGACAGAGAGAUUGCGACGAGAGGGUGUGUAAGUGAGGGAGAGGGCGGAAGAGCGAUAGCGCACGAGGGAGGCGAGAGCUCGCAGAGCUCCGGAAGCUGCAGCACGAUCUCGAUUUAGAUUAUGUACCUGUAAGAUUUGGCCCUGGACAUCCAUCACCCCAUCCCUUGCCUUCCCGUCUCUUCCUCACUUAUGCACGCACGCACACUCGCAGCACAGAACGACAUCGGCCGACGACGAGCUUCUGUUACUUUUUUAAACAGGAGGUUAAGCAAAGAAGUAGCCUUGUAGAUGUAAAUUGACAGUGGUUAGCACGCAGACGCUUGUUUGAUGCGAAGAGACAGACCAAAUCCAGAUGAAAAAUUCAAAAAAAUUAUACCCUUGUUUCAGUGGAAGAGUUGUCUAGCUGUAUCAAGCUACGCGAACAGACACCCAUGGCAGUUGACAGUCAACUGCCAUCCAUGUACGAGGAACAAACGUGGUAACAUCAUGUAAGAAGAGAAUCUCAGUUGACUGACAAUGCAGCUUUUUCAAGCUCGCGCCUUAUAUAUUUCUAUGCGUCACACUUUGGCUGGCUCUCGGCCGAGCACUCAAUUUGUUACGAUAAAAACUAGUCCGGACUCGUGAUGUAAAGGACUUCUGCGACGUCAUACCAUAAUUCCUAAUUCUUUCAUUUGCCCCGACUGCGCCAGCAUAUGCAUUUCGCCCGUGUCCGUUUCGUCAUGUGCUCCGGUCUCGUACUGCGGUACUGUCGUCCGUCUUCGCGGUACACUCUCUCUUGUUUUGGAGUUUUCUCAUCUCACCUUGCCCACCCAUGAGCUGGUCUGCAUUUAGUGGCGAGCACAUGUUCUUCUCUCUCUCUCUCAUACACACACACACACACACACACACCUCACAGGACAUUCCUCGCUGCUCUCUUGCUCGCCCUCGUCCGGUCGUAAAACUCGGUCAAAGUAACAAGUUGAAUAUAGCGAGACGUACAGACAGACCAUCAUUUCGUUUGCUCUGAGGUCCGCACUAGCAGUCCAGAGCGGAGCAGUGCAGUGCAGUGAGCUUGAUACGUGCGAACCUUAAAAGUGCAAUAUCUCUCGACACCCGCGAAGGAAGGAAGGAAGGAAGGGCUGGCUCGGCCUUGUCUGCUCUGGCCUGGCCUGCAGCGCAUUUUCGUGCGUUAUCUUGACACCUAACACCUGAAGAGACCGAUGAUUCGCGCUAACGAAAUGUGCUCAUGGCUCAUGGCUGGCUGGCUGACUGUUCACUCCUAGACUCCUGCUGCCGUAGACGCUGCUUUCAAAGUCGACACAUUUGAUACGGGUAGAUAUUUCAAGUACCGCCCGCGGCCUGGGCUGCUCAGAUCAGAUCCGGUGGCGCCAGUCGCAUUCGCCCAUCGUCGCUUUUGUGCCAACAAUUGCGCUUCCGUAGUGUUUUCUCCUGGCUCUGCACGAUGCGGCGGACGCUAAGAUUUGCACAUUCGUCUACCUGCUGGGCGCUGCUGAAUUGACUCGACGCGACCCGAAGUCGAUGCCGCACUCGGAUCGCUAGAAACCACCAGAUGGCAAGCUCCGCGGAGUCGUCCGUAGUCUUCUCUCUACCUCUAGCAGGCAAACAAUGAACAGACGUGACCAUUUCGAUUGCUAAGUUGGGUGUGUCAGCCAGCACAUGCUCAUGGAUUGCCUGCCCUUGCCAUAGAGCCCUGCGAUGGGAGAACACGAUCGGGCCCGGGGGUGGAAUCGAUUACCAGGGUGGUCUGUUCGUCUCGGCGAUGGGUGGGUGGGUGGGUGGGGAGGGCAAAUUCUGUGACAGUCGUCGUGAGUUGGACAGCGAAGUCUAGAACUGUGGCUUCCUUCUCCUCUCCCAGAUGCCAAGGACCCCAAAUACAAAUACGCCCUGCCCUGUCGACUUGUGUCAGGGCAGAUGCUAACAACAGUUUCGGUGGUCUUCUCGGAGCUUAAACUACUGUAAUGCGAUGGCAUUAAAUCCAAGCCUCCGGCUAACAGAAAAAGUUUCCUGAACUCUCGCUGUGUCAGACACCAUCUCCACAAUGUCAUUGCAACCUGCACUGGGUACGUACGUGCCUACAGAACAGUGCUUAUGGUAACCACUUCCGGGUCCUGCAAUCAUGGGAUUAGAGCGAGCAUUGGCAGGCUCAGAGUUGGGCUCGGCGGCACACUCCACACUCAGGCUCUCUCACUCACUGCCCGUCCGCUUGUCGCAGUCGUCGGCUGUAGCACACCCCUCCGGCGAACCCAACAGCGAGCGAGGCCCGAACGACGAUUCGCGCUUGUGUGGCUCUCGUGCCACAGUCGAGCUCGAGAGCGCUGCCAUCUUUUCUCGGAGCAACAGCCAGCAGCAGCAGCAGCAGCAGCUCGCUGACCCAUGUAGCCCCGUCCACGGUCAUGACACGACUGCCGACGAGAGUGGCCACCCCCUUUGCUUUGCUUUCCUUUGCUGCAGUCCCGGCCCGCCCCUUCCCGGC